UAUAUAUAGAUAUAUAUAAAUAUAUAAAAAAUAUUUUUUUGAGAAUUUAUUAUAAAUAUUUUUAAAGCCAUAUCAAUUUAUAUCAGAGAAAAAAACUAGAAGAAAAUAAAACAGAUAAUUGGGACCAAAGAGAUAAAAAAAUCUGUGAUUUAUUUACUACGUGCCAAAGAAUAUUUUUAAACCAACUGAAUCUCAGGAUUAAUUUUAUUUAUAAUUAGUUAAUUGAUUAGUUUAUUGAAUCUGUAGUUUAUUUUAAUACCAAAAGAUAUUUAAGUUGAGAGAAAUUUUAAAAAAAUGCCUGGACAUUCAACGAGAACGAGCAGCGAGGCCAUAAGACUGGAGCCAAUUGGACGAACGUCCAGUUCUCGAAGUCCGGGACAAAAUGGUACUGCCAAUACAGAUAUUCCAGAAAUUUCAGGUGACAGUAAUACUGGAUUACAUAAACGGAGUAUUUAUGAACACAAUGGUGUCGCAGUAUGCUCGCAGAAGCGUGCAUUAUGCAUUGCGACAAUCGUUUUCGCGACACUAUUCGCCAUAUCACUUAUUAUCGCAUUCGCGGGACCACAAAAUGACUGCCCAUGUGCUGGUGAAAGACCAGAUAAUUUAGGUAUGGAUGAUGAUUAUGAAACGUCAGAACCUCUAGCAACCAAUGGAGAGAUUUUUCCAUGGGAUAACGUUAGAUUGCCAUCAUUUGCACAUCCAACUCGAUAUAAUAUUACAAUACAUCCUAAUCUUACGACUCUAGAAGUCAAAGGACAAGUAACCAUUGAAUUCUACGUUGACAAAGAGACCAAUUUUGUUGUCUUCCAUUGUAAAAAUUUGACAAUAACCGAAAAGAUGGUUCAAAAUCGUAAGGGACACGAUAUGAAGAUAAGUAAAUUAUUAGAGUACCCAAAACACCAGCAAUUGUAUUUAGAACUCGAAGAAACAAAAUUUCGAAAAAGAGGAAAUUAUUCAAUUCAUUUACGAUUUGUGUCGCAAUUGACAAGCGAGUUGGAAGGAUUUUACUUGAGUACUUACACCACUGCUGAUGGUGACAAAAGAUACUUGGCAACGACGCACUUCGAGCCGACGUACGCCCGGUCAGCAUUUCCGUGCUUUGACGAGCCUCAAUUCAAAGCCAAGUUCCGAGUCUCAAUUUUCCGCGACCGGUUUCAUAUCGCGCUCUGCAACAUGCCGAUAAUGAACACCGAGGACGCGGGUUUCUACAUGGGCCGCGGACUCCUAAGAGAUGACUUUGAAGAAUCCGUUGAGAUGUCAACUUACUUAGUGGCCUUCGUAGUCUGCGAUUUCAAACGAAUUUCGCAAUUAACCAGCCGUAAUGUCUCUGUGAGCGUUUAUGCAUCCGAAUCUAUGUUACCACAGGCUACUUAUGCUCUUGAGACAGCGGUCAAGGUCAUGGAUUACUUUGAAGAUUUCUUUGGUGUUCAUUAUCCUUUACCUAAGCAAGAUUUGAUUGCAAUACCGGAUUUUGCUGCUGGUGCAAUGGAAAACUGGGGCCUUAUAACAUACAGAGAGGCUUCAAUCCUUUAUGACCCUCAGGAAACAUCAACAGUUGCCCAUGAAUGGGUGGCAGUGGUAAUAGCCCACGAGCUUGCGCACCAAUGGUUCGGAAAUCUAGUCACCAUGAAAUGGUGGAAUGACCUUUGGCUAAAUGAGGGCGCUGCCAGUUUCUUUGAAUACAAGGGAGUGAAUCACGUGUCCCCGCAUUGGAAUAUGAUGGACCAGUUUGUGCUGGACAAGACCCAGUCGGGACUGAGCCUAGAUGGGCUGGCAACCAGUCACCCAAUCAGCGUCCCCGUUAAAGAUCCCUCGGAAAUUGAGGCCAUUUUCGACACGAUAAGUUACAACAAGGGCGCCUCUAUUCUUAAUAUGCUAGAGGGUUUUCUGGGCGAAGAUAUUUUCAGGCGUGGGUUGAAUGAGUACUUGAAUGUCCACGCUUAUGGCAGCGCUGACACCAAUGACCUUUGGUCCGUGUUCACAAAACACGCGAACCGUACCUUUGAUGUCAAAGCGAUCAUGGACACUUGGACUCAGCAGACAGGGUUUCCAUUGGUUACUAUUAAAAGAGAGGGUAAAGUUGUCACUGCAUCGCAGAAAAGGUUUAUGCUGACACCCGCGGACAAUGAAACAGAAGUUCCCCCUCCCAAGGGAUUUAACUACAAGUGGUACGUUCCGCUUAGUUAUUAUGUUGACAAGGAACCGGAAAUGGUCUACAAUGUCUGGAUGAACAUGUCUGAUGUAACUUUUGAAAUUCCUGAAAAUACAAGUUACAUAAAAUGUAACGUAAACCAAUCAGGCUUUUACCGAGUUACUUACCCCGACGAAAUGUGGAAUGCGAUAAUUGAUACCCUGAUGACUAAGCCCUGGCAAUUUAGCCCAAUCGACCGGGCAAAUUUAAUCGACGACGCAUUCACGCUCUGCGACGCGGGAGAAAUUAAUGCGACAAUUCCAUUAAGACUGUCGCUGUAUUUGCUAAAAGAAAAAGAUUACGCCCCCUGGGCAACUGCUCUGAGUUACUUGCACUCGUGGAAAGAGAAAUUGGGCGAAAGCUCAGGGUACAAGAGGUACAUAAUUUUUUUGAAAAAAUUGCUCGCGCCGAUUACGCAGACCGUGGGCUGGGAAGAUGACGGCGAUCAUCUGACAAAAUGGCUGAGAAUAGCAGUACUGCAAGCAGCAGUCGAGCUUAAAUUAGAAGAAGUAGUAAAGCCGGCUAAGAAUCUUUUCGAGGAUUGGAUGCUACGCAGCAAGCGAAUUGUGCCAAAUAUCCGUGACGUUGUUUAUAUCGCGGGAGUACGUUUCGGUGGAGAAACCGAGUGGAAUUACUGUUGGGAAACGUUUAAAAAAACCCAAGUGCCCAGCGAGAAGCGGCUGAUGCUACAAGCACUGGGCGCUUCGACGGACCCAUGGCUACUGCAGCGCUAUCUGCUGAAAACCCUCGACAGAGAGAAUAUCAAGUCCCAAGAUGUCGAGGCUGUUAUUUCGGCAGUGGCGAGAAAUCCCGAGGGCCAAUCGCUGGCCUGGAGACAUCUCAAAGCCUAUUGGCCACAGUUCCAUGCUCUCUUCGGUAAUGGGUCGCUUACCAUGGGAACGCUUAUAUCGACGGUUACUUCGCAGUUUUUUACGGAAUACGACUACCAAGAGGUAACCCAAUUUUUCAGUGACGUAGAUGUCGGCAGUGGGCAGCGAGCUCUUGAACAAAGUCUCGAAACGAUAAGAUUUAACAUCCGUUGGGUUAAAGAAAAUGCCGAUACGAUAGACCAAUGGCUUAUUGAUUAUCUUACCGAUCAUGCCGGUUAAUUUAUUCAAUAAUUAUUAUUAUUUUGAUAAUAAUAACAAUAACAAUCAUGAAUAAUUAAAAGCAUACAAUAAUUAUCGAUAAAAAAUAAUAAAUAAAUUAAACGUACAAUUUAUAC